AUGAAUACUGACACGAAAUUAAUAUCAUGUUUAUUGCCACCAAAAUUCAGCGGUAGAAACGAUGAAGACUUUGAAGAAUGGUUAAAAUGUUUUAACCGAUGUUCUGUAGCGCACCAGUGGACUGUAGACAGAAAGACAGAAAUAAUUCCGGCGCUUCUAGCCGGUCAAGCAGCAGAUAUUUAUGAUGAUAUGCGACAAUUGGAUAAAACCAUUUAUCCGCGUGUGAUCCAAGCAUUACGUCAAAAACUAUGUAGUCCAGAGAAGAAGCAUCUCUAUAUGAACCAGUUGUACAAUUUGAAACAAUCAACAUCCGAACCCGUCAGUGAGUACGCAAGAUCAAUAGAAAAAUUAGUGAAAAAAUCGUAUCCAGAUAUGGUUGUAAAUGAACGCGAUGCAAUUAUGCGUGAACAUUUCGUCCAUGGAUUGCAAGAUAAUUUAAAACGCUGGGUGUUACAAGGUGAUUCGAUAACUUUUGAAGAGGCCGAACGUCGAGCCAUACGUGAAGAAUGUAAUAGUCAUCUAACAACAAUUAUACAGAAUUACACAAAUUAUACAGAAUUGUUACAGUAG